UGACGUUUGCUGUUUUGUUGUCCAACGUCAACACAUAGAGUGUUUAAGAAAUGAGAAUGCGAUAAUUUAAAUAAAUUUCUAAAUAAAAAGGUGGUUUAUUGUAUUGUGAAGUGAGAAUUCGUGCAAAAUGUCUAACACAACUUCAUAUAAUAAUGAUAAAGUGGUAACCGGCGAGGUGGAGUAUGCAGCCAGCGAUCCCGCAUCGGGGGCGUUCUUCCAACCUGAUUAUAAAAAGAAUGAUGACCUAAAGCUGAUGCUGGAUGGUUCGAAAGACACCCUCAAGUUGGAGGCUAUGAAAAGGAUCAUUGGCAUGAUAGCGAAAGGAAGAGAUGCUUCAGAUUUGUUUCCAGCUGUAGUAAAGAAUGUGGUGUCAAAGAACAUAGAAGUCAAGAAGCUUGUGUAUGUAUACCUUGUGAGAUAUGCAGAGGAGCAGCAGGACCUUGCGUUGCUCUCCAUCAGUACUUUCCAGAGGGCUCUAAAGGACCCUAAUCAGCUCAUCAGAGCGAGCGCUCUCCGCGUUCUCUCGUCAAUUCGCGUGCCCAUGAUAGUGCCCAUCGUGAUGCUCGCCAUCAGGGACUCCGCCAGUGACAUGAGUCCGUACGUCAGGAAGACUGCUGCACAUGCUAUACCUAAACUGUACAGCCUAGACCCUGACCAGAAGGAGGAGUUGGUGUCAAUACUGGACAAGCUUCUAUCGGACAAGGCGCCGCUGGUUGUGGGCUCUGCCGCGAUGGCCUUCACCGAAGUGUGCGGAGACCGUAUGAGCCUCAUUCACAGGAGUUACAGGAAGCUAUGUUCGCUGCUGGCCGAUGUCGACGAGUGGGGUCAGUUGGCGUUACUGAAUGUGCUCACUGUGUACGCAAAGACCUGCUUCCCGGACCCUAAUAGUGAGACCUACUCGAGUGACAGCGACACGGACAAGCCGUUCUACGAGUCGGAGGAUUCGUCAGGCGGUCGCGGCGGUGGUGGGCGCGGCGGGGGGUCGACCCCAAGCCUGGACCCCGACCACCGGCUGCUGCUGCGCGCCGCCAAGCCGCUGCUCCAGAGCCGCAACUCCGGCGUCGUGAUGGCUGUUGCGCAACUCUUCUAUCAUUGCGGACCUGUUCAAGAACUUCCUCCAGUGGCGAAGGCGAUGGUGCGACUCCUCCGGGCGCCCAUCGAGGUGCAGAGCGUCGUGCUCAACUCUAUAGCUUCGCUCACAGUCACUAAACGAUCUCUCUUCGAGCCGUUCCUGAAGUCGUUCUUCGUGCGAAACUCAGACCCGACCCACAUCAAGUUGCUGAAACUGGAAAUCCUGACGAACCUCGCGACGGAGGCGAGCGCCGGCGUGGUGCUGCGCGAGUUCCAGACGUACGUGGGCAGCUCGGACCGGGCCUUCGCCGCCGCCACCAUACACGCCAUAGGGCGCCUGGCCGUCAACACGCCGCACGAGACCGAGACCUGCCUCAACGGACUGCUGCAUCUGCUCUCCAGCAAGGAUGAGUGGGUGGUGUGCGAGGCGGUGGUGGUGGUGAAGCGUGUGGUGGGGGGCGGCGCCGCCUCCGCCAGGGCUGCUGUCGCCAGGGCCGCCAAGCUGCUCCGAGCUGACAGACUGGCGACGCAGGCGCGCGCGGCGGCGGUGUGGCUGGUGGCGGAGCACGGCGCGGCGCACCCGCGCGCCGCCGCCAUCCUCGCGCACAUGGCCAUGCACUUCGCCGACCAGGAGGAGCUGGUGAAGUUGCAAGUGGUGUCGCUGGCGGUGAAGCUGUCGGUGACGCAGCCCGCCACGCUGCCGGUGUGCCGCUACGUGCUUUCGCUGGCGCGCUACGACGUGAGUUACGACGUACGCGACCGCGCGCGGCUGCUACGCCGGUUCGUAGAGCCCGCGCCGGGCAAGCAGCUGCCCGCCUACGCCGCGCAGAUAUUCUGUCCCGACAAGCCGAAGCCGACCGUCGAGAGUAGCUUUAAGGAGCGCGGCCAGUACACAGUGGGCACGCUGUCGCAGUACCUGGGGCUGACGGCGGCGGGAUACCGCGCGCUGCCGCCCGCGCCGCGCACGCCCGCCGCCGCGCACCUGCGCACCCCGCCCGACGAGCACGCGCCCGACGCGCACGCAGAGCGAGGGCGCGCCGACCAGACGGUAUGUGAUGUGUCGGUACCGCGCACGCCGCCCGACGAGCACGCGCCCGACGCGCACGCAGAGCGAGGGCGCGCCGACCAGACGGUAUGUGAUGUGUCGGUACCGCGCACGCCGCCCGACGAGCACGCGCCCGACGCGCACGCAGAGCGAGGGCGCGCCGACCAGACGGUAUGUGAUGUGUCGGUACCGCGCACGCCGCCCGACGAGCACGCGCCCGACGCGCACGCAGAGCGAGGGCGCGCCGACCAGACGGUAUGUGAUGUGUCGGUACCGCGCACGCCGCCCGACGAGCACGCGCCCGACGCGCACGCAGAGCGAGGGCGCGCCGACCAGACGGUAUGUGAUGUGUCGGUACCGCGCACGCCGCCCGACGAGCACGCGCCCGACGCGCACGCAGAGCGAGGGCGCGCCGACCAGACGGUAUGUGAUGUGUCGGUACCGCGCACGCCGCCCGACGAGCACGCGCCCGACGCGCACGCAGAGCGAGGGCGCGCCGACCAGACGGUAUGUGAUGUGUCGGUACCGCGCACGCCGCCCGACGAGCACGCGCCCGACGCGCACGCAGAGCGAGGGCGCGCCGACCAGACGGUAUGUGAUGUGUCGGUACCGCGCACGCCGCCCGACGAGCACGCGCCCGACGCGCACGCAGAGCGAGGGCGCGCCGACCAGACGGUAUGUGAUGUGUCGGUACCGCGCACGCCGCCCGACGAGCACGCGCCCGACGCGCACGCAGAGCGAGGGCGCGCCGACCAGACGGUAUGUGAUGUGUCGGUACCGCGCACGCCGCCCGACGAGCACGCGCCCGACGCGCACGCAGAGCGAGGGCGCGCCGACCAGACGGUAUGUGAUGUGUCGGUACCGCGCACGCCGCCCGACGAGCACGCGCCCGACGCGCACGCAGAGCGAGGGCGCGCCGACCAGACGGUAUGUGAUGUGUCGGUACCGCGCACGCCGCCCGACGAGCACGCGCCCGACGCGCACGCAGAGCGAGGGCGCGCCGACCAGACGGUAUGUGAUGUGUCGGUACCGCGCACGCCGCCCGACGAGCACGCGCCCGACGCGCACGCAGAGCGAGGGCGCGCCGACCAGACGGUAUGUGAUGUGUCGGUACCGCGCACGCCGCCCGACGAGCACGCGCCCGACGCGCACGCAGAGCGAGGGCGCGCCGACCAGACGGUAUGUGAUGUGUCGGUACCGCGCACGCCGCCCGACGAGCACGCGCCCGACGCGCACGCAGAGCGAGGGCGCGCCGACCAGACGGUAUGUGAUGUGUCGGUACCGCGCACGCCGCCCGACGAGCACGCGCCCGACGCGCACGCAGAGCGAGGGCGCGCCGACCAGACGGUAUGUGAUGUGUCGGUACCGCGCACGCCGCCCGACGAGCACGCGCCCGACGCGCACGCAGAGCGAGGGCGCGCCGACCAGACGGUAUGUGAUGUGUCGGUACCGCGCACGCCGCCCGACGAGCACGCGCCCGACGCGCACGCAGAGCGAGGGCGCGCCGACCAGACGAAAGACAAGAGUUUCUACUCUGAACCGGAGAGCAGCGGCUCAGGAUCUAGUUCAUCUUCCUCGUCAGGAUCUAGCAGCUCCGGAGAAUCCUCUGAAGGAGAAGAAAGUCCAGACGAGAAGAAGAAAGAAGAGAAACCAGUUGCGGAAACUAAUAAUUACAGCAGGUCGUCCCACUCCGGAACAUCGGACAGUGAGUCGGACAGCGCUUCGUCGUCGAGUUCCGCCACCGAGUCAGACGAAGGAUCCGACGAGAGUGCUGAGGAAACGCCGCCCAAGAACAGUGCUGAUAAGAAGGUAAUUAACGAAAAAUCCAAACCUAAGCAAGAAGUACAACAGAAGAAAAACGAGAAAUCUAAUCUAGAGUUGCUUCUGGAGUUGGACGAAGUUGCGAGCACGCUGCCCACGAUGACGCCCACCUGUGGGGGCUUCCUGUCGCCGCCAGCCGCGCCGCCCAGCGUUGGGAUUGGGGAUGUGGACAGCAUCACCCCAGUGGGUCCGUCGCUGUGCCCCGGUGUGUCGGCGGAGCUGUUCCCGCGGGUGGUGAGCGGCGGGCUGGCGGCCACGCGGCGCUGGAGCCGCGCGCCACACCUCUACUCGCACCGCAUGUGCGCCAUAGAGAUCACCUUCACCAACCACAGCGCUCAGGAUGUGCAGCACAUCAGGGUUAAUAAGAAGACGCUGACGGGCUCCCGCGCUAUUCAUGACUUCAGUCCGGUGCCGGGGUUGGCCCCGGGGGCCAGCGCAAGCGCCACGCUGGGCGUUGACUUCGCGGACUCUAUACAGCCUAUAGAAUUUACCAUUAUCAGCUCACUGGGCGAAGUGGCGGUGUCGGUGACUCCACCGGUGGGCGAGCUGAUGCGCGCCGUCACCAUGUCGGAGACGCGCUGGGACCUCGAGCACAAGAAGCUGAGGGGAAUGACUGAGUGCGAUAAGAAAGCCACCAAACUGGAUGACGAGCAGACUAUAUGCAAGCGAGUGUUCGAAACUGCUAAUGUCGCCGCGAUCACCGCCACUGGAGACUUCCUCAGAUUCGCCGGACGCAUGAUGUCGUCCCAAGACCUGGUCCUCAUAUCAGUGAAGAUAGAGUCGGAGUGCAGUCGCGUGGUGGCCAACUGUUCCAACAUGGCGAUCGCCUCCCUCCUAGCCAACGAAGUGGCCCAAGCGUUCGCCAGGUCUUAGAUGUAGUCUAAAUUACAAAUGUGUUUUAUUUACUUACCUACUUUGUUUUACUUUGUUUUGUACUUGGUUAAAAUAUGAAUUGAUACGACACUCCGCAUUCUUUUGUCCCAAUAACUUGCCUUAAAACACAUAUGAUAAAAAAAUGUAACACGCCCAAUAUUUUAGCACGCCCUCUAUUUAUAUAUUUUACAAUAUUCUUAAAUGUAUUUUUAAAAUACGUUCGCGGUUAUGAGUCACCGGUGAUACACCAUAAAGGCCUAUAGGCUUGUUAUAUACGUUUUUAUAAGAGUCUUACAAAUAAUAUCAGCGUAUGUAAUUCCAUUAACCAUCAUAAAUAAAUUCCAUAAUGUAAGUAUCACCGGUGAUACAUGGAGUAACACAGCAAGUACUUACUUACUAAGUUAAGUUAUGUAUUCAAUUUAGAGGGGACAAUUCAUUCAAUAUUUAGGUACCUUUAUCUAUUUGUAAGCAUUGUUUGUAUGUGAUCUAAAAGAAUAUGUAAGAAUCUGCAAAUGUAAUGAAUAUUAGAUGUUAGUUUUUCCAUAAAUUUAAAAUAUUUUAUUUUUAAGUAUAUUAAAAUAUCUCUUUUUAUAUUGUCUAUAAACAAGUAGCCUAUAUUAAGUAGAAAAAGACGUAUAUUAAAUUUUAUGUAAAAAAUUGAACCAGUAAAAAAAACGCUGCAAGUCAGAACUUGUGUGGUAUGUAUACAAAAUUAUCGAAAGUAGCCAAAUUAUACUAUAAAUUUCAUUCGAAAUAAAACAUAUUCUCAUAUUUUCCUACUUCUAGUCAAAACUGCCCUUAAUUUAUAUCAUCUAGAAGUAAAACCAAGUUAAUUCAUCAAUAAUUUUAUUAUCAUUCUGUACAUAACAUAAACUACGUGUCAAUGUAAAAUCUUAUAUCUACAACUGUAUCGAUAAAUCAACGGAUUUAAAAAUGAAUAAAAAAUGUUAUAUGUACAA